CUGCGCCGCUAGGGGACCGCGCGCCUUCCUUCUCAGUUCAGGGAGGGGACACCAGCGGUCAGCGGAGACCGGAGGAUCCUUUGGAGAGCUCCAGUACCCUGGAGACACGAUGGAGAGCUCCAACAGCGAGCCGAGCGCCUACGCGUCCACCGCAGCGCUCAUGCAACUUCUGAACUUCACAGAGGAUCCAGUCAGCUUCUCCGAGAGUCCUUCCAUGGCAGGGUUGCGAGCCACAGAAGAGCCUCUUUCACUUGUGCUCAGCAGCUUCAGGACUGACGCGGCUCCAGCGGGGCUCCUGGCGGGUCCGUUCUCGCCCUCCGAAGAGCCCACUCACCUGAUUGUGGCUUUCUGGGAUUCACCCUUGAGUCACGGGAUUAACGUGUUUGUAGGCUUUGUCCUGUGCUUCACCAUGCUGGGGCUGGGCUGCACGGUGGAGCUCAGUCAGCUGGGCGAGCACAUCCGAAAGCCCAUAGGAGUCCUGCUGGCGGUGGUGUGCCAGUUUGUCCUCAUGCCCCUCAUCGCCUUCCUCCUGGCUCUGACCUUCUCCCUAAACGAUGUGGCCGCUGUGGCCGUGCUGCUGUGCGGCUGCUGCCCUGGAGGAAACCUCUCCAACAUCCUGUCACUGCUGGUCAACGGAGAGAUGAACCUCAGCAUCAUCAUGACCAUCUCAUCCACUAUUCUGGCUCUCGUUCUCAUGCCUCUGUGUCUGUGGAUGUACAGUCGCGCGUGGAUCAACACACCCGUGGUGAACCUUCUGCCCUUCGGUGCGAUCAUUCUCACACUCUGCAGCACUCUCAUUCCCAUCGGGUUCGGGGUCUGGCUCAGAUACCGCUAUACUCGAGUGGCCGAAAUCAUCAUCAAGGUGUCUCUGUGGUCUCUUCUGGUCACUCUGCUGAUGCUCUUCAUCAUGACUGGAACUAUGCUGGGUCCGGAGCUGCUGGCCACCAUCCCUGCCUCUGUCUACCUGGUGGCCGUACUCAUGCCCAUGGCUGGCUAUGCGGCAGGAUACGGCCUUGCAACACUCUUUGAUCUCCCUCCCAACAGUCGGAGGACUGUGUCUUUAGAGACGGGCUGUCAGAACGUACAGCUGUGCACGGCCAUCCUGAAGCUGGCGUUCCCUCCACAGCUGAUGGGAGGCAUGUAUAUGUUUCCUCUGCUGUACGCGCUCUUCCAGGCAGCAGAAGCUGGCAUCUUCAUUCUGGCUUACCACAUGUACAGGAAAGAGGUAUUACAUAAACAGGACCUCACGGAGGAUGCUGAUGAUGAUUCAAACAUAUCCUACAAGAGAAUGAAGGAAGAAGACUUGCCGUUUGAUUCUACGUAUGGUGCGGUAACAGAGAGCGACCCCAAUGUCAUCGUGCUGGAGUCACGGGAUGGUGCUGGAAGCCCCACAGCUGUAUAAGGGAACAAAAACAACGGACUUCAGACUUACUACAGACACUGGACCUGCACAUUUACAUCAGGAUUUAUUCAUGCCAUCACUCACUGCUGAAUUUCUUAAUCACCCACAGCAUUAAAACUAAUAUGUGCCAAAAGUGACUGUGAAAAUGAAAACUAAUAUCAUGACAUCAUACUAAAGUUGACAACAUUAGCUUCAUUUAAACCCACUAGCCAAAUAUAACCAGUCAAUAGAAUAUUUCUAAAAUUAGCAUAAAAAAUAUAAUUUAAAACAUUAGUAUAAUAUAUAUAUAUAUAUAUACACUGUAAGAUAAAUAAGAUUAGAAAGAGAGAUGGUUUGUCUGUAUAUAAAAUAUGAAUUAUAUAUUUUUGUUUAUUAUUUCAUUCAUUCAUUCAAAAAAAAUUAAUAGUCAAAGCCACUGACAGAAGUGUGCAAAUUAUACAGCAUUAAUAUAGAUUGAUGCUGCUGUUUGUAAAUGAGUCAGUGCCAUUACCUCAGUAAAUGAAUUACAUUGGUUUAUUUGAUUGUGUGGACCAAGAGGAUGAGAAGAUUGAUUCACAUCCCAUGUGGUAUGUGUGUUGGCUUUAUAUUUGCACAUCACACUGUAUGCUUCUGAUGCCAAACCUGGGAGAAAAUAUGUUUUCUGAGUUUAUUACUUCAAGAAGAGUGGAAUUUUACAGGAUUACCACAGCUUAUACACUCAAAAAAUGACUCUUUGGCUGAACAUGAUUCAAUCAUGGACAGCGAUUCCUUGUGUUUGUACCAUGUUAUUUGGACAUGAAUAAAUCAAGUUAUUAGGACAUAGGACCAAUGUCCAUGCAAGUUUAUCCAAAGUGUUUUAAUAACAUUACCAAGUAAGAUAUAACUUUCUUUACAGAAGAUGUUAGUAGUUUAAUGGAAGUACUGCGAGUACAUCAUGCACUAGCACUCUCAUUACAGUAAUUUCUUUAAAUUACUUUAGAUUUUUUUUUUAAAGCAGGUCCUCAACCCAGCUACAAUUCACCAUGAUGGACAAAACACACUGAGAGAAAAGUCCCACAUAAUAGAGCACUGGACAUGAAAAAGUCUCUCUAUUAACACAUUUUACUAAAAAAAGCAUGAAUUAAAUUUUAUUUCAAACAUUUCUCUCCCCAUAUCCAGCCCUGUGCAAAGCAGGAUGGAAAGCUUAACACUUAUUUUGAGGUACUUGAUUGAAACAUGUUCUUUCAAAGUUUGUGCCAGGAGUUAUGCCAAAUAGCAAUCAUUUCAAGUCAGUUUAACAAGAUGCAUUCAUGUUUGAAUGAAAAACCUGAUAUAUGGUGUUAAAUCAAAAUUAAUUAUUUAAACAAAGUGAAUAGCAUCAUCAACCACAAAAAAUGCUACAGCAUGUCAGUGUCAUAUAACAAAUUUGAUUUUGAAAAACUUAAAAGCCUAUGGCAAAAAAA